UAACAAGGAAACUGAAAGCUAAAAAGGAAUAUAAAACAAAUGGUAGCGAAUAUGGACACACACAAUACUUGACCAUCAUCACGUGGUCCAGAGUGUUCUGUGAGAAACUUGUAGCAACAAAUAAACGACUUUAGUGCGAGGCCGCUAAAGAGUGCCAGCUCCCCUAUAAGGCUGCAGUGUGGUUGUGCGUUGGGAAGGAGGAACAUCAGUAGCCGUGACAGAAGCAGUACAACUGACGUCGAACCAUCGCUUGAGCUGAAUUACCGGAAUCAAGCCACAUCGACGCAUCCAAACCGACUUCGCGCUUGCGCAUAGUGCAUUAUCGUCAGUUAUGACUCCAAACCCCCGACAGCGGCGCUCGCGUAACAUAUUUGCGUCUAACAUGGCAGCAAAUGGUGUUGUGUGUUCUUCGAAGAAGAAGAUACAGAACGGCAAACUAAUCCUCAAAGAAGUGAAUGGGAAACAGAAUGUAUUUUCAGAACAAGCCAAAAAUGCACAGUUGUUGGAGACAAAAUCUUCAAAUGGCAGACCUCCAAAGAAACCUGACAGAUCAAAAGAAAGCUUUGAAGAGGUUCCUUUGUAUACAGCGGUGAUGACAUAUCUUGGAUUUUAUCUCCUCAUGUUCCUAGGCUAUAUAAACCAGUUGUUCUUCACCCCUAAAGUUGCAAUGGAGAGGAACAGAGAUGGCUAUGUGCCAUUAUUUGACAGAUUUGAGUCCUUCUACCUGCGCUAUGUAUACCGACGGGUUAGAGAUUGUUGGAACCAGCCAAUUUGCGGAGUUCCGGGAGCAGAAGUUAUUCUUAAAGACAGGAUUACAAAAGAUUAUGGAUGGACUUUUGAGUAUACUGGGACUUAUACAAAAUGUCUGAACCUCGGUUCAUACAAUUACUUGGGGUUUGCUGAAGCAACAGGGCCUUGUGCAGAGGCUGCAGCCGAAGCAAUCAAGACGUAUGGUUGCGCUAUGUGCAGCCCUGUUCAGGAGCUUGGAACACACCCAUUGGUGUUGGAGCUGGAGAGAACGACAGCGCGGUUCGUGGGAACUGAAGAUGCCAUUGUAUUUGGGAUGGGAUUCGCUACAAAUGCUUUGAACCUGCCAAGUCUAGUCUCUCCAGGUUGCCUUGUGUUAAGCGAUGAGAAGAACCACGCAUCUCUUAUACUCGGAUUGCGGCUUUCUGGGGCUACUAUAAAGGUUUUCAGGCACAACAAUGUCAGUAGCCUGGAGAAGUUGCUACGAGAAGCCGUGGUGUAUGGACAACCACGCACUCGCAGACCAUGGAAGAAGAUUCUUAUCGUAGUGGAGGGAGUGUAUAGUAUGGAAGGAUCAGUAGUGCGCUUGCCAGACAUUAUACGUCUCAAGAAGAAGUACAAGGCAUAUCUCUACCUGGAUGAGGCCCACAGCAUUGGAGCUAUGGGCGAGAAUGGCAGAGGUGUGCUGGAUUAUCAUGGCUGUGAUCCAAAAGAUGUGGACAUUCUCAUGGGGACCUUCACCAAAAGCUUUGCCUCAGCAGGCGGAUAUAUAGCUGGGUCUAAGCAUCUUAUUAAUUAUCUUCGUGUAAAUAGCCAUGCUGCCUGCUAUGCAUCAGCCAUGUCUCCUCCUAUUGCCCAACAGAUUAUCACAUCUAUGAAAAUAAUUAUGGGCGAAGACGGCACUCUUGAGGGUAAGAAACGCAUUAUGCAGCUGGCUCGAAACACAAGAUACUUCCGACAGAGACUGAAACAGAUGGGCGUCAUAUUAUAUGGGAAUGAUGACUCACCAGUUGUUCCUUUUCUAGUCUACAUGUUCUCCAAGAUUGGGGCUGUUGUUCGAACUUUACGAACAAGGAAUAUUGCAACUGUAGGAGUAGGUUUUCCAGCAACGCCUCUCAUGGAGGGACGCAUUCGAUUCUGUCUCUCAGCAGCACACACAAAAGAGCAGCUUGAUAAG